ACCCGGCACCCGUACCCCUCAUCGCUCAGUACACACUUGUCCCUCUUGUGCUGAAGUUGUGUCCAAAGGCGAAGGAGCUCCUGCUUCCAAUGGCGGAACAGACAGUGGAGGAGAAGAUGAGCGAGCUGAAGGUGGUCGCAGGGAAGAAGGGAGGAGCCGAAGGCGGUAAAGAAGGAGCAAAGAAGAAGACUAAAGGUGGAGCUGGGGACUCUGGAGGAAAGGCCGAGUUGUCACCACCCCCUCAGUACAUAGAUGAGCGUCUUGAUUUGUACACCAAGCUGAAAACCGAGCACGAAGCCCUGAUGGCGGAGAGGGCGGCGAACAAUAGUCGGGCGAUCAAGGUGACCUUGCCCGACGGAAAGGUGGUGGAGGCUGAGUCCUGGAAGACCACACCUUAUCAGGUGGCCUGUGGAAUCAGUCAAGGCCUUGCUGACAACACAGUCAUUGCCAAAGUGAACCAGAAUGUGUGGGACCUGGACCGACCUCUGGAAGAGGACUGCAGCCUUCAGUUGCUCAAGUUCGACGAUGAGGAAGCUCAAGCUGUUUACUGGCACUCCAGCGCCCACAUCCUGGGUGAAGCCAUGGAGAGGGUGUACGGAGGCUGCCUCUGCUACGGCCCCCCCAUCGAGAACGGCUUCUACUACGACAUGUUCCUGGACAGCACUGAGGGUGUGUCGAGCAAUGACUUCCCGGGUCUGGAAAACCUGUGCAAAAAAAUCAUCAAGGAGAAGCAGCCGUUUGAGAGGCUGGAGAUAAAGAAAGAAACUUUGUUGGAGAUGUUCAAGUACAACAAGUUUAAGUGCCGCAUCCUGAAUGAGAAGGUCACCACUCCGACCACCACAGUUUACAGGUGUGGUCCCUUAAUUGACUUGUGUCGGGGGCCCCAUGUGAGACACACUGGGAAAAUCAAGGCACUUAAGGUCCACAAGAAUUCAUCUACAUACUGGGAGGGUAAGGCGGACAUGGAAACCCUCCAGAGGAUCUAUGGGAUCUCCUUCCCUGACCCCAAAAUGCUCAAAGAGUGGGAGAAGUUUCAGGAGGAGGCCAAGAACAGGGAUCACCGCAAACUGGGCCGGGAGCAGGACCUGUUCUUCUUCCAUGACCUGAGUCCGGGGAGCUGCUUCUUCCUGCCAAAGGGGGCCUUCAUCUACAACACGCUGAUUGAGUUCAUCAGAAGUGAAUACAGGAAGAGGGGUUUCCAGGAGGUGGUGACACCCAAUAUCUACAACAGCAAACUGUGGCAGACCUCUGGCCACUGGCAGCACUACAGCGACAACAUGUUCUCCUUCGAGGUGGAGAAGGAGACGUUCGCCCUCAAACCCAUGAACUGCCCCGGACACUGUCUGAUGUUUGAUCACCGGCCGCGCUCCUGGAGAGAGUUGCCCCUGCGCAUGGCCGACUUCGGCGUCCUGCACAGAAACGAGCUGUCGGGGGCCCUGACCGGCCUCACUCGAGUUCGCCGCUUCCAGCAGGACGAUGCUCACAUCUUCUGCACCAUGGACCAGAUUGAGGAGGAGAUCAAGGGCUGCCUGGACUUCCUGCGGACUGUGUAUGAAGUGUUUGGCUUCACUUUCAAACUCAACCUCUCCACGAGGCCAGAGAAGUUCCUGGGGGAACCGGAGGUGUGGGACCAAGCAGAGAAGCAACUGGAGAGCAGCUUGAUUGAAUUUGGGGAGAAGUGGGUCCUCAACCCAGGUGACGGAGCUUUCUACGGCCCGAAGAUCGACAUUCAGAUCAAGGAUGCCAUCGGCCGCUACCAUCAAUGUGCCACGAUCCAGCUUGAUUUCCAGCUCCCGAUCCGCUUCAACCUCACCUUCGUCAGCCAUGAUAGCGACGACAAGAAGAGGCCGGUGAUGAUCCACAGAGCGAUCCUGGGAUCAGUCGAGAGGAUGAUCGCUAUUCUGACUGAAAACUACGGAGGCAAAUGGCCUCUGUGGCUCUCUCCUCGUCAGGUGAUGGUUGUUCCUGUGGGACCGACCUGUGAGGAGUACGCUCAGAAGGUGAAGGAGGACUUCCACCUCGGCGGCUUCAUGACCGACGUGGAUCUGGACCCGAGCUGCACUCUGAACAAAAAGAUCAGGAACGCACAGCUGGCCCAGUACAACUUCAUCCUGGUGGUGGGAGAGAAGGAGAAGACGAGCAACACCGUGAACGUCCGCACCCGGGACAACAAGGUGCACGGCGAGCGCAGCGUGGAGGAGUGCAUCGAGCGUCUGAAGCAGCUCAAGACGUCCAGGAGUAAGAACGCAGAGGAGGAUUUCUGAGCUUUUCCCAAACCUGCUGCCAUCCACUCGUCUUUCUCUCAACAGCAGCGUAAAUCUGUUGACUCCAAAAGGGCCGGGUGUUUGAAAUCAGUUUUUUAGUGAAGGAUAAAACUUAUUUCAUGUUUUUGCCUUUUUCUGAUUCGACAAGUCUCUUUUUCUCUGGUGUCUUCAGCUGCUUCUUAAAUAAAUCACUGUUUUCAGUUUCAGGUCUAAUGGUUACUGUCCUACACAGAAUUAAAUCUAAUCAAGUCAAUAUCCCCUCUGCUUAUAAUGAAAUACAACUAAUGAGAGCGGCCCCGUCUCUGAACAGCUUUACAGCACAUGUCUGUUCCACUGAAUAAAGAACAGUUCUCAUGUGUAAUGAGCUGAGGGGAUUUUUUUUAUCACUGUCUUAACCCGUUUGUAUCAGCCAUUCAUUUUUUCUUCAGGGAAUUGUUUGUGGAUUACAAUUUUGAUAAUUAAACAAUCUAUUCUUGAUGUUCUGCUUUUUUUUUAUAAGAUACAAGAUGCUUUUCACUUGUUUGGGGAAAACUUGACAACCAAAGUUUAUUACGCUGCUGUAAAUGAGUCUGUCCGUAGGUGACCUGUGUGAGAAUCUGGACAAUACGAAAAUCAGAAAGUAUAAACAUUAAACUGAGCAUCACACAAAGCAGAAUAUGGACAUUUGACAUGUGUUGAAAUUGCACUAUAAAGAGUUGUGAGGACAUCAAAAUAAAGGUGACUUUAAAUA